AAGAAAAUGGAGACGACGGCAGUGGCAGCUCCAAUGACGUGGCUCCUUUUGACACUUCUGCUUUCUCUCUCAGCGGCCACCGCCGCCGCGGAGACGGUGAGAGUGAUCACCACCCCCGUCUUCCCCCACAUCCCUCGACUUCAGGCAAGCAAGGACUUCCAGGUGCUGGUGCGCAUAGAGGCGCCACCGGCGGCGCAGCCGCAUAGGCGCGUCCCCGUCGACAUCGCCGUGGUGCUCGACGUGGGCGGCAGCACCGGCACCGGUACCGGUACCGGUACCGGCACGACGAGGCUGGACGCAGUGAAGAAGGCGGUCAAGUUUAUCAUCAGGCAGAUCCACGACGACGACCGUCUCGCCGUCGUCGGGCCGUCCAACUAUCGGCUAGUCACCGGGUUCCUGAACACCCACGAUGCCCGACGAAAUGUCGAGAAAUCCGUCGACCAGCUGGAGCCCCGUGGCGAGUUCACGUCUGGGUCUGGCGCCGGCUUGGAGGAGGCCAUCAAGAUCCUGGAGAGGCUACCGACGUCGGCAAGCCGGAGCAGCCGCGCGCGCUUCGUCAUCUUGGUGACGGACACGGCAGUGGCAGAGAGCGGCAGCAGAUUCAUCAGCAAGCUGCCGCGCGACUUCAUGCUCCCAGUGCACACGUUCGGGCUCGGCGCGGCCCACGACCCCAGGGCGCUGUUCUACAUCGCCAGUGAAUCCCAUGGCACCUACUCCUUCGUGGACGACCAGAACACGGACGGCAUCACUGGCGCCAUCGCCGUCUGCCUCAGCGGGCUCAAGGACGUGGUCGCCGUCGGCACGCGCGUCCGCGUCGAGGCGCCCGUCGGGAGCGGGGUCACGAUCGAGGGGAUCCAGUCGGGGGGAUACAGCAGGACCAGAGACGACAAGACGUACGGCGAGGUCGCCCUCGGCGUCCUUUACGCCGGCGAGGUGAAGAGCUUCAUCGUCCACCUCAGCGUGCCUGCUCUUUCUUCGACGUCGGCCGUCGUUGCCGGCGGCUGCGACGAGCAACAGCUGCUCACCGCCAGCUUCGUCGGCCACUACACCGCCAGCGCUGCGGCUCCAGAUCCUCCAAGUCCAAUGGUGACCCAGGCAAUCUUGUACGUGCAAAGGCCGCCGCCGGAAGCCUUCGACGUCGCCUCCGGCGGCGCCCUGCAGAGAGUCCCCGUCCCCGUGGUAUUAAACCACAUCGCUCGGUUCGACGUGCUGGAGAUGGUGGCCACCUUCGUCGACACCGACAUCAUCUGGCGGCUUAGCUCCAUCGUCACCUCCGAAGUGGCGACGAAGCUGCGGAUCCAGUGGGAUAAGUUCCUGCAGGCGCGGCAGUUCUGGAGCGGCCUGGACCUGGGAGUCCUCAACGCCGAGGUCAGAAAGAUGGUGAGCAUCCUAGAAGCAGCGGGAAGCAGCGGCUCGUCGACGUCGCAAUCCACGGCGACGGCCUACAUGCUGUCGUGGCUGUCGAGCUACCAGAUGCAGCGGCCGACGGCCAUGGGAUCCCCGGGCAGCGUCGCGUCCGCUUUCGUCACCGUGAACAUGCAGCUCACGCUGCAGCAGACGACCAUCGUCCCCACCGCUGCUCCACUAUGUAUCUGCCAUGAAAUUUCCAAUUUUUACAUAUUAGAGCUUGUUGUAUCUUUGGCAUGUUUGUUUGUUUUUGUUUUGGUGGUAGCCUCCGGCUGAUUCGAUGUCGUGGUGUUGCAGUUGGACCGACGCUAGGUUUCAAAGGUUUUUUUUAGGAUGUUUAAAAAUCUGUCUCAAAUAUAAUGAAAAUAA